UAAAGGCUCAUGCAAUCUCCUCCUCUUCCCCUCAAAGCAUUCCAAAAUAUGUCUCCAAUAAACCUUGCAUUUGCUUCUCUAUUGAUCGUCGCGAUCUAUUUCCCGUGUUUCGCCAACGGCGAUGAUAAGGACCCCGUGACCGUCCUCGAUGCCCCUUUCUUGACGAAGAAAAUCAACAGCAAUGUGACGAUCAAAGUUGAUAUCAACGGCAAAGGGGACUACACGUCGAUCCAAGAAGCAAUCAAUGCCGUCCCGAAAGGGAAUUCUAAAUGGGUUGUUAUCCAUGUCAAGAAAGGGAUUUAUAGAGAAAAGGUUCAUAUACCAAAAGAUAAACGGUAUAUCUUCAUGAGAGGCAAUGGGAGGGGAAGGACCGCUAUUAUAUGGUCCUUGAGUUCCGUCGAUAAUAAGGCCUCCGCCACAUUUACCGUCGAAGCCAAGCAUUUCGUCGCCUUCGGAAUUAGCUUCAAGAAUGAGGCACCUACUGGUGUUGCGUAUACAUCUCAAAAUCAGUCAGUGGCGGUAUUUGUGGGUGCAGAUAGGGUUGCAUUUUACCAUUGUGCUUUCUUUAGCACCCACAACACAUUGUUCGAUUACAAAGGCCGACAUUACUACCAUAAUUGCUACAUCCAAGGCUCGAUUGAUUUCAUUUUUGGCCGCGGAAGGUCGUUGUUCCACAAUUGCGAGAUCUUCGUCUUGCAAGACAAGAGGAUUGCGAUCCACGGAUCGAUUACCGCUCAAAACAGGGCACACCAAGAGGACCACAGCGGAUUCGUGUUCGUCAAAGGCAAGGUUUAUGGCAUCGGAGGUGUUUAUUUAGGAAGGGCUAAAGGAAAAUAUUCGACCGUGGUCUUCGCACAAACAUACUUGUCCAGGACAAUCGUCCCCGCAGGAUGGACCGACUGGAGCUACCGCGGUGGCCCUGAUCAUCUGUUCCAUGCCGAAUACAAGUGUCACGGUCCGGGAGCCGAUACAUUCGGGAGAGUUCAUUGGGCGAAACAAUUGACGGACGAGGAAGCUAAGUACUGGACUUCCAUUGAGUUCAUCAAUGGCAACGUUUGGCUUCCUGCAUGGCUUUGAACAGAAGAUACAUAUUUUGCAAUGAGGGGAAAAUUUAUGGAAUUAGUUUAUUUAAAAAAAAAAUUGAUUUGUAUUGUAUGAGAGGAGAACUUUGGAUGCAUUCAAUGUAUAGUUUCAUAAGAUCUAAUGAAAAUGAAUAAUACCAUUUC